UUUCGUCGCCAUGCCACAACUUCGCCAUUUCUCGUCCGAUUUCCAUCAAACUUCGACAGAGACUUCUUUUUGGUGUUAUCGACAUGUCGCAAGGUCAAACUCAUCGCCACCCCCUUGUUUUCGGCAAAUUUCGUCGCCAUGCCAUAAUUUCGCCAUUUCUCGGCCGAUUUGCAUGAAAUUGAGCACAAUGCUUCUUAUUGGUAUUGUUGACAUAUUGCAAGGUCCCAUUUAUGAUCAUACCCAUCCUCAAAUUUGACAGGUACAGGAAGUCUAUCCUUUAGACAAGAAACGUCAACCGGUGCACAACCGGCAAUGUUGUGCAGAUAAAGAUCCAUUGCCUCCUUAAUCUGCCUUUGAAGCACCACGGAAGUCUGAUCCACCACGAUGAUUGAAAAAUUGUCCGGGCUGUGCAUAUUGAGCAAUUUGUACGAGUACUUCCUAUUGAUCAUCAAUGGACGAUCCGGAUAGCACCAAUCAAGCAACAUUUCAGUAAUCAGUCGUCGUUCCUAAAACAAGAAAGAAAAGAAAUGGUGAUCUUUAACUCCAGUUACAAACUGAAGAAUUAUUUUUUAGCAUUAUGAUAAAAUGUUAAAUUUAAACUAUCAAAGACAACUUGACCUUUUGACCCACCUACCGCGUAUUAUUUUCUUCCUUCCCUAACAAAUCAAGUUUUAUUUUCCUUCAAUUUUUUGUCGACAGGCUCGUAAAAACCCUUCGAUAAUCAUUUUUUUAAUUAGAAAAGGCAGUUUUCUUAUUUUCUUCCAGCAGUCUUUCAGUGAGGAGAAAAGACAUUUUGGUAUUUUCUCCUCACUAACUUUGAGUGCAAGAUUGCUUGACAAUUUAUCAUAAUACAUCCAUGAUUAAAAAAUUAAUUCCAGAAUCGAGAGCACUAAAUGUGAGUGUUGACAAUUUUUGUGAGGUUUGUUUCUGGGCGACAGUUUCUGCGACGCACACUGGUUCCAAAAGGUACCAGGGUUUUCGAAAAUUGAAGUUUUUUAGGCGUCGAAGCAAUAUUCGCAACCUUGUAAUUAUUACUAACGUUGUCAAGCAACCUUGAAGGGAAGUAACUAAAUGUCAAGCAAUCGUGGAUAAUCUCAGUUCUGAUAAUGAAGAUUAACUCGGUCACGAUACUCAAUUUACUGAGCGAGUGAUCCAUGAAACCAUUGGGAGUAAGUAUAAUUUCUGCCCAAUCUGGUUAGUGAUCGACGAUGGAUAUGGAAUCGGACAUGGGAGUCCGGUUGGAGAAGCCUGAUAACCUCAUCUGGGUGGAGCAGGUGAUCAUGAACAACUUGGAGACCUCCUAUGACCCCACUAUGGAAGUUGAGAGUAGCAGCUCAGGCCCCGAUAACCCUCUUCGUGAACAGCACGACCUAAAGCUCAUGAUUGCAGAGAUUGAAAUGCGAGACGAAAGCUACUUUGGCGACGACCGGAUAAGCACGCUCAGUCGUCUCGUCACUUCCAGGAUCAAGUACUUGGUUGAAGGGGAGGACGAGGAGCGAAAUCACUUUUGGAUUAUAAAAAUCCCUUCGAUUCUUCCCCAGGAGCGAGAGUUGGCCCGUAUCUUUGACGUCUAUAAACGAGAAAUAUGCUUUUACACCGAAAUCCUCCCCGCUAUGAAGAUGUGGGUGGAGUCGCAGUACAUUGACAAUCUGAUCGAGUUCCAGGUGCCGUGCUGCUACUACGGUAAAUUUCUCCGGCCCAACGACAAGGAGCCGGACAUGGAACUGCUCGACCACAUCUUGGAGGCAGAGUCCCUGCUGGUGCUGGAGGACUUGAGGGCGGUUCAAUAUGGGAAGCGACAUUUCGGGAAGGGAAUGGAAGUUUCUGAGGUGUUCGCUGCUGUCAACGAAAUUUGCAAGUUCCACGCCGUGUCUUACGCCAUGCAGAGCAAAUCCAAGGAACCCCUGCAUUGGAAGGAACUCCACUUUUCGCACGAUUUUGCUAUCUUCUACGAUGCCCUGUUUCACAAAGGGUUUGAGGUGUUUAAAAACUUUUUGAGCAAUCGUCCCGAUGAGCGGCGAGCGGAGGAGAUUCUGAAAGCCAUGAACCAUUUGAACAACAAUGCGCUACAUGUUUUCAAGGGGUUGGUGAGGCCCACGUCCGAGUUCCCCACAACUUUGGUGCACAUGGACCUUUGGAGUGACAACUUGCUCUUCCGCGUGAAGGAGGAGGACGCGGAGAUGCCAUUGGAGGAAGCGGACUUGGACUGCACCAUCAUCGACUGGCAAAUGGUCUCCGUCGGCCGACCCACUCACGACAUUGCUCUCCUUACCAUCCUCUCCAUGGACUCGGACUUGCGGAGGGAUAUUUUACACCUCGUGCUCGAGUACUACCACCAACUUUUCGAGAGGACGAUGGGUUGGUUUGAUCUGGAAAUGCCAUUCACCUAUGACCAGUUGAUCCUCGAGUUCUCAAACAGUUGUCUCCUGGCUGUGAUGAUGGCCACUUGUUCAAUGGAUCUCGUGCUUAUGGACGAAAAUGCUCAGACGAGGCUCCUGGACGCCAUACGAGAUCUGCUCGAUGACAAAAUUCUCGUAGCUGAAUAAUCUCCACAUUUUAGCGACUGCAUAAUAAACUAUUCAUGAAAUUA